AUGUUUUGCUUUACGAUUCUCGCCGCUGUUCUCAUUGCGACAAGCUUUGCUGCUGAAGAAGUUGCACCAUCCGUCGCACCAUCCGUCGCACCAUCAAAACUAGCCACGCCAUGUUCUCGCAGGAACCUAUACGCUAAGGUAGAGGGCCAGUGUGACGCCUAUCUAGAAUGCAUAGACUUCGUACCUGUUCAAAAGUCAUGCCCAGAUGGCCUUCACUACGACGCAAGCGUCCCUUGGCCCAACUACCCUUGUGGCUACCCCACUGACGUGCCUUGCAGAGACAGAAGUGUUGCUCAAGCCCCAAAGCCAACACCCGACUGCCCUCACCAGUACGGAUACUUCCCCUCCCCUAGCGCUCACCCAUCUGACUGCGGUCAGUACCGCAUGUGCAUAGCAGGCGUGGCCGUGGACAUGGUAUGCCCCACUGGGCUUGCUUUCAACUUCGAGACCAGCCGUUGUGACUGGGCCUUCCUUGUGAAGUCUUGUGACGUUGCAACAUUCCUUGGAUACCAAUGCCCUCCGCCCAGUUUUGACGAGAGUGGUAAUCCCGUUGUAACUAACCACAAGUACGAUGGUAACUGCUUUGCUUUCUACUCUUGCCAAGAGGGUCGUGCCCGCCUUCUCGCUUGCGACCCAGGUCUGGCCUUCGACCCUAUCACUAGCCACUGCGUGGAUGCUGACAGAGUGCCUUGUGAAACCGACAUCGCUGUUCCGCGAUCUUCUCAAUCUAAACCUUAA